UGUAUAGUAGCUAUAUAUACAUAUAAUAUAGAGCAGAGAUAAUUAAAUCAAAGAGAACACGGCCAUAUAUAAGUAUUUCUACUUUCUUACUUUCCCAUAUAUAUAUUUUGGAGCUGAGAAUCUGAAAUCGAUAUAGAGGUGAUAUAUAUGGGGAGUCAAAGUGAUAGUGGUCAUAGUAGCAGCAGUACUACUACUUUUGGGAAUAUUAUGCCAACCAUAAAAUUCACCAAGCUGUUCAUCAAUGGAGAAUUUGUUGACUCACUUUCAGGAAAAACAUUCGAGACUAUAGAUCCAAGAAAUGGAGAGGUAAUAGCAAAUGUUGCAGAGGGAGAGAAGGAAGACAUUGAUUUGGCUGUGAAAGCCGCCCGUGUUGCUUUUGACCAUGGUCCUUGGCCUCGUUUGUCUGGUUCUGAGAGAGGAAAGAUUAUGAUGAAGUUGGCAGACUUAAUUGAGCAAAACAUAGAAGAACUAGCCAUUUUGGACAGCCUUGAUGCUGGGAAAUUGCUUAGUGUGGGCAAGUCCACAGACAUACCUGGGGCCGCAGAACUUCUCCGGUACUAUGCUGGGGCAGCCGAUAAAAUCCAUGGACAGGUUCUGAAAAUGUCACGACCACUUCAAGCUUACACAUUGAUGGAACCUAUUGGAGUUGUGGGACACAUCAUUCCUUGGAAUUUUCCCACUUCCUUGUUCUUCACUAAGGUGAGCCCUGCCUUAGCCGCAGGCUGCACCAUGGUCGUCAAACCCGCCGAGCAAACUCCCCUCUCAGCUCUCUAUUAUGCUCAUCUUGCUAAGCUGGCUGGUGUCCCUGAUGGAGUGCUUAAUGUGGUUACUGGAUUUGGACAUACUGCUGGUGCUGCCAUUAGCCAUCAUAUGGAUAUUGACAUGGUGAGUUUUACUGGGUCAACAGAAGUGGGGCGUGAGAUAAUGAAAGCUGCAGCAUCAAGCAAUUUGAAACAUGUGUCUCUAGAAUUAGGAGGCAAGUCACCUCUCAUUGUUUUUGAUGAUGCUGAUGUUGAUUUGGCUUCUGACAUUGCACUACUCGGCUUUACUUUUAACAAGGGAGAAGUAUGCGCGGCAAGUACUCGUUUGUAUGUUCAAGAAGGUAUAUAUGAUGAAUUUGAGAAAAAAUUAGUUGAAAAGGCAAAAGCUUUGCUAAUUGGAGACCCUUUUGAUCCUCAAGUUCGUUACGGACCCCAGGUUGACAAAGUACAGUUUGAAAAAAUCCUGAGCUAUAUUGAGCACGGCAAGAGAGAAGGAGCUACUUUAUUAACUGGUGGUAAGCCAAUAGGGGACAAGGGAUAUUACAUUGAGCCUACCAUUUUCACUAACGUUAAGGAGGACAUGAUGAUGAUAAAGGACGAAAUAUUUGGGCCUGUUGUGGGCCUCAUGAAGUUCAAGAGUGUAGAGGAGGCCAUAGAGAGAGCAAACGAGUCUAAGUAUGGGUUAGCAGCAGGGAUAAUGACAAAGGAUCUGAACGUUGCGAACACAGUUUCGAGAUCAGUCCGAGCUGGGUCAGUAUGGAUCAAUUGUUACUUUGGAAUCGACAAUGAUUGCCCAUUCGGUGGAUACAAAAUGAGUGGAUUUGGGAAAGAUUUUGGUCUGGAUGCCCUCCACAAGUAUAUGCAGAUUAAGUCUGUCGUUACUCCUCUUUACAACUCUCCUUGGCUUUAACUCUUUAAUUUCUUUUAUCAAUAAGAGUAAGUUCACUGCAAGACAAACAAAAACAACUUGUUUUUGUCUUUUUCUUUUUUUUUUUUAAAAAAAAAAGAUAUUUGUAAUUUUUUAUAUUAUUAUUAUGUGGUAUUUAAGCUACUUAAUAUUAUACUGAUGUGGUACUUAUUUCUAAAUUAUUUAUUAAUUUAAAAUUUAUGAGAGUUGAUAUUGAAAUACACUAUUAAUAACAGCAUGCUAUAUUUUAUGGUGCUUGACACCUUAA